CACCGGCCGCGGUGGCCGGCGCGGCGGCGGGGACUUGGACACGGGACGCGGUCACGGACGGACGCGCGCUGCGUCAUGCUUUGUUUAGCUUGCAUUAUCAGUGUAAUAUAACUUACGAACGCGUGGUGAGUGAGUUUAAGUGAAACCGAAACAUGGCGCGGUCGGUAGCCGUAUAAUUCUUUUUAGUAAUUUAACGUAACUGAGCCAAGAUGCCGAACGACACUUUGGCACCGGCGGGCGGUGCACUUCAAGUCUCAGCAGCAGGCACUGCCUGGCUGGGAAGGGCGGCACAGCCCGACCGACUCGACCUGUCCACCGAGCGAGGUGACGCGUUCCGGACCUGGAAGGAAAGAUGGGAGGACUUCUAUCUUCUCGCCGGCAUCGGAGCGAUGGAGCCCAGGGCACAGAUGGCCGCUCUUCGCGCCUGCCUCACCGACGACACGAACCGAGUCGUCCGUAAUCUGCCGCUAGAAGAGGACGAACGGCAGGACGUGCACGCUGUGCUCCGUCAACUGGAGGUCUACGCCAUUGGCCAGGUGAAUGAGGUCCUAGAAAGGAAGAGGUUCAAUAGCAGGGUUCAGGGUGAUGGAGAGACUUUUGAUGACUUCCUCACGUGUCUCCGUGACUUGUCUCGUUCUUGCAACUUUUGCUCUUCAUGUAACGAGUCACUUAUCAGGGACCGUAUUGUUAUUGGACUGAGGUCCGCAGAGACUGUGCAAAAGCUCUGUGCCAUACCAAACCUGUCUCUGUCGGCUGCAAUAUCUCUCUGCAGGUCCCAGGAGGCGGCGCACCGGGACGCCGCCGAGAUUCGACGACCAGACGUCGUCGCCCGCAUCGGCGACCCCAGCCACGAGGACGACGGCCGAGAACCACAGCCGUCAGCCACUUGCCGAGUGUGCGGACCGCAGAGCGCCCGGGGAGCGCAGCCACCUCGCCCUGAGGCUCAGGGACAUCGGACGGCCUUUCCGCCGCAACGUCCAGCACCGUCAGCGAACGCCGACAGCGUGUGCCGCAACUGCGGCUACCUCCAUCGCCGAGCAAACGACUGCCCAGCCCGGGGGCGAGAAUGCCGUAACUGCGGUAAAAUCGGUCAUUUUGCCGCAGUCUGCCGCUCCCGCCCGAUGGAGACAGCUCCCGGUCAACAUGGUCAGGCUGAACCCCCAUGGCCAACCACAUCAGCUAUCAUCGCCUCCACUGCAGCUACUGGAGCGCCUCGUAUCCUGGUCGGCAUAACAGUCGGACGGCGCUCGGCGAAGGUGAACGCCCUGCCAGACACCGGCGCGGACGUGUCUGUCGGCGGUGAAGACCUCCUGCAACAGCUCGGACUGCAGGCAAAUGACAUCAGUCAACCGUAUCUUCACCCUCGGGCAGCGAACGGCACCACCCUCAGGUCGGUGGGUGUACUCCACGCCGUCAUCACGCUCGAUGACGCCUCUGCCGAGGAGGAGGUGCACAUCCUUCCAGGAGUCAGCGGACUUCUCAUGUCCUGGAGUGCAACGAGGCACCUGAGACUGGUACCGGCCGACUACCCCUGCCAAAUCUCGGCGAUGAGUGGACCACGUCUGGCCGAAGACGCGACUCGGAGAGGUACCGAGCUCGGUCCUCCUCCGUCUCCCCCGGCUGACGACAUCAAUUGGAUCGGUACCGAGACCGGUCCGCCUCCGAGGGAUGCAACGCGACCGCAGACUGCAUCGGUGCGUCAGGACGACCCGGAUACGCCGGGACAGGACCAUCAUCCGAAACCAAGUGCUGCCUCGACGAGGAGAGAUGGACCAGAGGCGUGCUCCAGCAUCGGAACACACCCGGACCGGGAGGCCGCUCGCCCGCCCAGAUCGUCUUCGGUCGGCCAGUCCGAGACGUGCUCCCCGCUCACAGACGCAGCUUCGCUCCGGAGUGGCAACUCACCGCUGAACGAGCCGAGGCAAAGCUGUCUGAGCAACAGCAACGCGCUGAUGACAUCUACAACAGACAGGCGAGGGAUCUGACACCCCUGACUGUCGGAAACCAAGUCGCCAUUCAAGAUGAUCGGUCCAAACGCUGGGACCGGCACGGCGUCAUCUGUGACGUUGGCCCCCAUCGGAGGUACUUCGUUCGUCUGAGCAAUGGACGGGUGCUGACGCGGAACCGCCGGCACCUACGGCGACGCUACGGACACGCCAUGCCGGAGGAACUGACGCAAGAGCUCCCUUCAGCGGCGCCGAAGUCCGGUGGCCCUACCGUCGUACCGGCUCCGGAGAACGGUGGUACCUUGCGAAGGUCCACCCGCACCCGGCGUCGGCCUGUGAGGCUGAUUGAAGAAAUAUGAAUUGUUCGCACGGCUCGGGGGAAGGGGAGAUGUUGUGAUGUUAUUUGGUCCCGCUCCACUGUGCGGCUCGGUUCGCCCUGCCUGGUCCCGGCGUCCCGGUCUGCCAGUCACGUGACCGCCCGAGGACUCGGGUCACCGGCCGCGGUGGCCGGCGCGGCGGCGGGGACUUGGACACGGGACGCGGUCACGGACGGACGCGCGCUGCGUCAUGCUUUGUUUAGCUUGCAUUAUCAGUGUAAUAUAACUUACGAACGCGUG